GCGCCGUAUCGCCCCGAUAAUCCUCCGUGCUCUUCGGUCUUACCAAUCCUUGGUCUCAUAUUUAGUAUAUAAAUACACUGACUAAAGCCGGCUCUCCUCCGCGCCACGAGUCGUGCUCCCGCUGUGGGCUGCUCUUUGUUGUAGCCGUCGUUGUCGUUCUUGUUCGGUGCGUGCCGCUCGACAAACCGAUCUAUCGGUGUGCCGGUUGUUUGCUAAAGUUGUGAGGUGAUUGGUGGUGUGGUGUCCGUUGCUGGACCGCAGUAUAGUUCAUUUGGUUGAAGAUACAUUUAAGGAACCAUGAGGCUGGACAUUCGUUGGCUCGUCGUCGGGCUCGCGCUGCUGUGCUUGGCCGAAGUGUGGAGCAAGCCGACCGCAGGCGAGGAGGAAGACAAAGAAUUCCUAGAUGACGAGGAAACCAGAGAAGCCAACGACGAUCCCGACAAGGACGGGGAUGAUUCCGACGAUGACAACCAGAGCUUGCCCGUGCAAGCUCUCACAAAGUCUAAAAUAUUCACCGUCACACCCGGAAGUACGGUGUAUUUGCCUUGCGAAUUCCUUAAUGCUGACAACGUGAUGAUCAGCUGGAUGAAGUGCACGCAAACGUGCGAACAGCCGGACAUGCUGUACGCCGGCGACGCGAAAAUCGGCUCGGAUCCUCAAAUAGAUCGGCUGGCCAACAACACUCUGGUGAUAAGGAACGUGGCGGCGGAGAACAGCUCGAGCGAGUACAUCUGCGAGGCCCUGGUCAGCCAGCAAAACCGCGAAAUGAUAAGGCAUCAGAUCAGGGUGAGCCCGGCCGGCGGCGACACGAGCCACAUGGUACGCGUGCUGCCCUCCGAGCACGAGGAGGUCGAACAGGGCAGCAGCCUCACGCUGGGCUGCGAGUACCUCGGCAGCCUCGAGCCCCGGGGCAUGUUCUGGUCGAGACAGGGACACAGGAUAAAGGUGGACCGGGAGACGGCGAAGGGCGUUUAUCUUGACAUAAAGGACGCGAAUCGGCACCUGGCCGGCGAUUACCAGUGCCUCAUCGAGAUUGGUAGCGACAAGCCCCUGAUUCAGCACCUCAAGCUACGCGUCAGACACAAGCCGGAGAUCGAGUACGAGAAGGAACACCUGAGUGACAGCAAGACGCGGGAGCGCAGCCACUACUACACGGGCAUGGGGGUCGAGAGCAACCUGACGUGCGUCGUGCACGCCCAUCCGCCGGUCGAGAGGCUCCACUGGCUGAAGGACGGCCGGGAGCUCGAGACCGAGGAAGGCGGCCGGCUGAGCAAGAGCGUCAGCCGCAAGAGCCACCACGUGCUCACCAUCAAGAACACGAGCAAGUCGGACCUCGGGGCUUACCGGUGCAGGGCUUGGAGCGAGCUCGGCGACGCUCUGGGGCCUGAGAUCGACCUCCGGGACACGCCCGACCAGCCUAUCUUCAAGAAGGGCGAGGCGGUCGACGACUCGAUCGUGUUCCAGUGGAGGGUUAACAGCUACAAGCCCAUCGUUGAGGCCCAGCUCCUGUACCGCAAAGAAGGCGAGGACGAGUGGCUCGAGGGCAAGGAGGUCGACAUCGUGAGCACCAUUGGUAAAGAGAAGAUCGUCCAGACGAGAAUCACGGGCAUCGAGGCUGGCAACUACGAGGCCAAACUGAGGGCACGCAACGACGAGGAGCACCCCAAAGGCGACAGACUCGGCGAGUGGGGACCCUACUCGGAGCUCAAAAAGUUCGACGGAGAGUACAAAAGCGACGUUGAAGCCGAAACAG